AUAACUUUUAAUCUUGUCUGCCAACUACUCUUUCCUCACGACUUUCAUGUCCUCCUUCUUUCUUACGCUCCCGGAAGAUGUCUUAUUAGCAAUUUUCGCUCGACUUCCUGUCGAGGAUCUGCUCUCUUUAAUCCAGACAUGUCGUGUCCUCCAUGCAUUGGGCUCCACGGAUUAUGUUUGGCACCAAAUCAAAGUCGAUCUCCCUCUGGACGUUCCUCCAGGCAAGGACAUAAAAUUAAUUUCCGGCCCAGAACUCCAUCGAGCUUGGGUGCGAAGUUUACGUCUUGAGCGCAACUGGCGCAGACAUGCUUCGCGACUUAGGAAGAUGUGCCGCAUCAUGCACGGUGGUAUCGUCUUCCGAAUCCAAUUUCUGGGAUCCCAAUGGUUAAUAACCUUGUCUCGUGCUCCCACAAGCGCAUUGUGCCUCUCUGUUUGGUAUAUUGGUGUACCAGGCAAGGAACGGCGGUAUCUGUCGAUGGACGUGCCGUCCGCCACGACAUUCGCUGCAUCCUUGCAGAAUGAUGGGCGCGAUGCAAUUGUUGCCGUCCUCAUGGAUGGUACUCGAACGACCAAGGUCAAAGUAUAUUCCAUCGCGCUCGAGAGUGAUGCGGAUAGCGAGCAUUCGAUGACCCAUUGUCCCCAACUUGUGAGUCAGAUUUCGCAGGCCAAAUCUGAAGGGACCCCUGGCGAAGUCCAGAUACACGGGGACAUCGUGGUUGUUGCGAUAGCUUACUUCGAGAACAUAUUCAAUCCGCCGACAUACCGUUUCAUUGUUCUCAGCAUCAAAACCGGGACCAAGAUAUCAAUCAGUCCUAAACUUCCAGAGCAUUUCAGCCAUGUUCACUUCAGGCUCUUCCCGCGCCACAUGGUGAUCGCCGGGAUGAAACUUCACGAACGGCUCGUCGUUCGUAUCUAUGAUUUAUCUCCGGUGAUAGCCAGACUAUCUGGUCUUUACCAAGGCAGCAGUCCCACGAAUGAUCUGGACACGUUCAGUCAAUAUACCGCAGAAUACGAAACAGAUGAUGUUCCAGCGGAUUCAGACUAUACACUUUCAGACGGAUAUCUGAGCCAGAAUUUUCCGUGCAUGACAGCCUUAUCUUUCAAUGCUUCCGCGGGAUCAUUACAUCGUCCAGGAACCGCAUCGGUAUUCUCCUUUCCUUCAGAAAAGGGUGCGAUGUGUCCCAGAUCGCAUGGCGCCAUGCCUGUGCAUGUAUUCCACACACCAGCUAGUGCAGUGUCUGACAUUGUCUGCAUCGGAUCCAGCGGCCGACGAGCAGUGUGGUUGGAACGUCGUUGGGACACCGACGUGUUCACACUAAUGAAAGGCACCUUCUCUCCGGAACAAAAAGGGCCAAUCAUCGUUGAAAAGCUGCUUCCUUCGAAUCUAGUUUUGCCGUUUGAGGUCUUUGCAUGUCAAUCCUUGGCCUUCGAGGAAAGUACAGGACGAGUUUGUCUCGGCCUCCAUACUGGAGAGUUAUAUAUUCUCUACUUCUAACACCUGCGCGCCAAGUUCGGAUCCGCAAGCUUAGCGGACCGCACCCCCGGCACAGCCACCUUUACCGUACAUUGUCUUCUUAACUCAACCAGCAGGACUGUACGCGUUAAGUAGACUCGUCGGACCAAUGACUGGACCAAGUCUUGGCAGAGAAACACGGUAGGGGUAUGCUGUAUCUCGGUACAAUAUAGCAAAGAAGUAGGCUUGCGGACCCGGAGUUACAACCACGUUUACAACGACAUCAAAAUUGAUAUACCUGUUCAUUUUGAAACCAUUGACAACUUUCAACAACUCCGUCCAGACUCUGAAAGUAGCUUAGACAACUUGGACAUGGGCUAAGCUGUGAGAACGUGAUCGCGUUGUUAUAUUCUGAAAACAAAGUCCUGCUGCCGUCGCGUCUCGCAGGGUCGCGAUGGAGCUGGUCGUGUGAGAACCACAAAC